AUGAGACCCGCUUACGUUGGCAUCUGCGGUAGCGAUCUGCAUGAAUACACUAGCGGCCCAAUCUUGAUACCGGAAACUCCACAUAAAAUCACAGGCUGUACGCAACCGGCAACACUGGGCCACGAAUUCGGCGGAAUUAUCGAAGAAGUCGGUGAAGACGUCAAGAAUGUUUCACCUGGGCAACGCGCCGUCGUACGUCCGACAAUUUUCGAUGGAACAUGCGCUGCGUGUAAGGAGGGAAAUUACCAUUGCUGUGAAAAUAUUGGAUUCAUCGGACUGAGCGGUUAUGGUGGUGGCAUGGCUAAGAAAAUUGUCGCCCCAGCAGGUCACUUCUAUGCCCUCCCUGAUACCAUCUCCCUUGAGGCUGCUUCUCUCAUCGAGCCCCUCGCCGUAUCUUGGCACGCUGUCAAGUUCUCCCCUUUCAAAGAGAACGACAAUGUCCUCAUCGUCGGUGGGGGGCCGAUAGGGCUUGGCAUUGUUCAGGUCUUGAAGCUGCAAGGCGCAGGACAGAUCAUGGUAGCCGAACCAAUGGAUAACCGCAAGAAAUUUUGCACAGAAUACGGAGCAACGGCAACCCUCGAUCCCAGCGAGGUGGAUGUCACGAAACGAGUUCGAGAGCUGACCGGUGGUGUCGGAGCAGAUGUGGUAUUUGACACAGCUGGCGUGGAGAAAGCGCUCUUGGGGGCGAUCGCCGCUGUUCGCGUUCAGGGGACGAUUGUGAAUCUUGCUGUUUGGGAGGGAAACCCUUCUUUGCCUGUCAACGAUUUCAUGUAUAAGGAGGUACGGUACAUGGGGGCGGCUUUGUACGACGAGCAAUCUUUCUUGGAUGUGAUGCAGGCAUUGAGUACGGGUAAGUACUGUCUUGAUGCGAUGAUGGUGUAUUUAGAUUAUUCUGAUCAGUUACUGGCAGGCCAUUUGCGACCUGAGAAGAUGAUCACUUCUAGGGUUUCGCUGCGCGAUGUGGUAGAUAAAGGCUUUCAGGCACUGCUUGAUCAUCGUGAUGAGCAUUGCAAGAUUAUUGUGGAUGUGCAAGAAUAG